UCUCGAAAACAGAUGGGUUGAACCCGAAAUGGUGCCGGCACCCAGGGACGGGGGAGGCAGAGGGUUCAAAGGGCUCUAAAGGGGCUUUUCCUGCGGGAAAUUCUCUGGGCCGGUCAGGACCUUGGGCAAGGAUGGGACCGAAAGUGACUGGUCUGAGCAAAGGGACUGUGGUCUGAGCGGAAGGGACUGUGGUCUGAGCGGAAGGGACGGUCAGUUGCCAAAUGAUCUACGGGACAGUUUCCCGGGGGUGGGGGUGUCGCUGAGGUGGUUUGAUCAGACCUAACAGAGUGUAGGGAGCUGAAGGUCUGCGUGGACUCGUGGAGGUAAAAGUUGCUGGAUGCUGAGAAUGGGGCUGUUUGGUGGAAUCCCUGAUGUUUGGUCUCAGCCUCAGUGCAUCCCCUGAGCUCGCAGUGCAGCUCUUCUGGCGGUGGGAGCUGGUCUUCUCAGUAGCGACACCACAGUGUUCAGUGGGAAGAGAUGGGGGCCCUGUGCUUUGUGCACCGCCUGCCUCCGUUUUCUGCCUCCGCCUCCUGUGUCUCACACGCAGGCCUGUGUAGCUGCUGCCGACUUUCGGAGGCAACUCCCAUAUGCGGCCUGUGGAACAGCAAGUGCCUUCUCCCCACGGAGCCACUGUUUUGUAGUUCAUUCUGGUCACACAGGGACCUCCAGGUUCCCUAGCGAUGUCGGUGGAGAUGCACAGCCAGGGCCAGGACCGCUGUGUCCUCACCUGCACUGAGUGCAAGCAGCGGGUGGAGACAGGCUGGUUCUGUUAUCGGUGCGAGGACUCCGACCUUUGCAUCAACUGCUACAACACCAAGGGCCACACCCACAAGAUGGUGAAGGUGGGGCUGGGCCUGGAUGAAGAGGCCGAGGAGGGCCCUGAGAGUGGUAACCAGCGGGAGCGGCGGUUGAGUAGCCUCCGGGAGUCUCGGCGCCUGAGCAUCCUGCUGGGCAUCCAGCGCAUGGUGCAAAUCCGCCGGCACUUCCUGCGGCGCAUCCAGUCCCUGGAGCACGCUUGCCAGUGCCGUGACGCCAACUGCUCGCGGACCCUCUGCCGGAAGAUGAACCUUGUUGUGCGGCACACCAAGCGCUGCCAGCACAAGACCAAUGGAGGCUGCCCAGUGUGCCUGGACCUAAGCCUCCGUUGCACCUACCAUGCCGAACACUGCCAAGAAAACGCAUGCCCCGUCCUCUUCUGCCUCAACAUCAAGCGGAAGCAACCCGAGCAGCGGCUCCGGCUCCGCCAGCAGCGGAUUGGGAACCGCCUGCCGCAGGGGUAGCUCAUGCGCCAGCGGAUGCCACCAUGAACUCCCGUAACGUGCCUCAGGCC